AUGGUCAAGUCGAGCUACGCCAAUACCCAGUCCUUCGACGAGUGGAUGCAAGGCAAGAACCUGUCGACAACGGGAGGUUCUCAACGAGGCCGAUCUCUUGACCGCACUCUGCGAUCGAUCACAACGCCUGAUGACUUUGCCACCACUGCUAUGGCACGAAUGCGGUCUCAUAUGGCACGUCUCGAGAAACAGAAGGCUUCCUUCAUGGACAACGAAGCACGGAGAGAGAGGGCAAGGUCGAGGAGUGCCCAACGGAAGAAGGAGCGAGAUGAGCUCAUAUAUCAGCGUAUGAUGGAAAUGCUUGACAAGGAGCGUCGCCAACAGAUGUGCUUUCGACCUAAGCUACGACGGUCCAGAGUCGCCAUCAGGUAUCGACAACGUAUGGAGCAGCUAGCCGAGGCCACAAAGCGUAUGCGGGACGCUAAGCGUGGGGACAGGUUCAAGCGGAAUAAGGAUAUGCAAGAGCACAAUCGUGACCAGCUGCUGCAAGUCCGCAAGGAUCGUGAGAUGAGACUGUCAGAGGCACUUGCCGCCCGGGCGGAGUCUCGUCGAGCCAAGAGGGCUGCGUUACUCAGCGCAGAACGCUCACGGUUAGCUCGACUGCGAGAAAAGGUGAAGGAGGACGAGCGCAGGAAGAUGGCUUUGACCGAGGAGAUGCGUGCUAAGGACACGCGUAGCAAGGAUCAGCUACACCGUAACAAGAUGGAGUUCGAGGCUUUCGUCCAGGAAACACAUCGAAAACGAGCGAUCAGUGAGCAUCUGGUAGAGCGAAGACGGAGACGUGAACAGUACCUCAAGGACGCGGAAGCUGAUCGACAGGUCCUCGAGGCCGCCUGCGACAUCGAAAUGGAACGAAUGACUCUGGCAAUGAAAAGGCAGCGAGUCGAGUACGACCGUCGGAAGUUCCAGACCAACUUCGAAGCUGCCAAGAAGGACGAACGUCCAAAGUCGGCAGCCUCUUUGACUAGCCUGUUGCCUUCUAUCAACCACCACUCGGUGCUGCCUCGGUCCACUCAGUGGAGCCUGGCCCCACGCUUGUCGACCCCUCGGGGUUACGACUCUGGUCUUGGGCCCGGCUCCUACGACAUACCAUCCACUCUUGGGGCCGAUCAGAUCGGCCCUCGAUGGGCGCCCGACUCUGUUGAUCGUUCGGAGCUGGCCGAACGCCCGGUGCGGUACGAGCCUCCACCACCGAGCUCCCCGCCGAGAUCCCCUAGUAUGAGUCCCAUACUGAGACCGGUACGGGGGAACGAUGGGCCCGGGCCAGGACAUCGGCAUGAGCCUGUGUCCGUUCAUAGACUACCCAGACCUCGAGACCCCAAAACCAUUGCAGAGCACUUCCGUGUCCUCGUGGAGUCGGGACGGCAUUACUUGAGUAUGGUGAGCCAAACCCGAGUGAGUGCAGCUUCUGUAGCGAACGACCCCGGCAGCAUUUUCCGGUCUCGCCACUCAACCAGUUGCCGACGGUCCCUCAGUAGUCUGCGAUCGUCCAGCUCACGAGGUCGCCUGGACGACGACGAGCCGGACCAGGCCCCAACCGAACUCGCAGUACCAAAGUCGGCGACGCCGGCAACGGAAAUCCGGGAAGGGGCAGAAGACAGCUCGGUGGAGCCCACUGAGAUGGCUGGAAAUGGGGCUGCUCGAAACGGCACUGCAAUCUCUUCUAAAGAGGAAGAAGAGGAAGAAUACGAGUCCGACUUUGUCGAAGAGUGA